UCUUCAUAUGGCGUUUGUGUGAAAACCAUAAAAAGCAACAGAUGCCUUUCUCUUGGCGUGGAGGCUCGGAGACCCAGCGAGUAUCUGCUUAGGGUGCAGUUCUUAAUGGCACAGAACUCUUUUCAGAAGGCGUCACGCAGGUUGUCCUAACAAGAACUCUUUCUCCACAGCUGGUUGGCUUUCCCCAGAGGCUCGCUUGAGUUUCAAGGCAAAAAGUGGUUGUUCGUGAAAUCACGCAUCCGAAUAAGAAGCUGUGGUAUAACCAAGGGGGCAGCUGAGAUGGCAGAAAUGCAGAUGGACCAAGCUUUGGCCAAGCGACUUUUUUUUGAAGGUGCCACAGUUAUAAUUUUGAAAAUGCCAGAAGGAACUGAGUUUGGCAUUGACUACAACAGUUGGCAAGUUGGCCCCAAGUUCUGUGGAGUCAAGAUGAUACCACCAGGCAUUCAUUUUUUUCAUUACAGCUCUGUUGAUAAAAACAAUAGGAAGGAAAGUGGUCCUCGUACUGGUUUCUUCUUAAACUUGCAACAACGUGAUUUACAAAUACUGCACUGGGACAACCUCAGAGAAGAAGUAGACCUCACCCCAGCUUCUGAAAAUGAGUCUGAAGCCAUGAGAGCCAAUCUCAAGGAGAUGGACAAAUUUCUGGGUCCCUACCCAUAUAACACCCUUAAAAAAUGGGUCUCUCUCACUAAUUUUAUUAAUGAAUUUGUAAUGCAAAAGUUGCAGCCUGAAAAUGGACAGAUAUGUGCCUUUUCUGAAGUGCUGCCUGUUCUGCCUGGAAAAUAUACUAAAGAUCGAAUUGAACAGAAACUACCCCAGUAUGACACAGAAUGCAAAAGCUAUGCAGAAGGACUGGCCCGGCUUCCUAAAAUGCAACUGAAGCCUGGCACUGAGAUCAGAUUCACAGAAAUACCUAAACAAAUGUAUCCUGAAGGUGCCACACCUGAGGAAGUUACCAGGCACAGCAUGGAUCUCAGCUAUGCUUUAGAAACAGUGAUUAAUAAACACUAUGCUAGCAAUUCCCAGGAUGUGCUUGGGGAGCUACAGUUUGCCUUCAUCUGCUUCCUGAUUGGGAAUGUAUAUGAUGCGUUUGAGCACUGGAAAAAACUCCUGAAUCUCUUGUGCAGGUCAGAGGAUGCCAUAGUGAAACAUCAAACCUUGUUCAGCAACCUCAUUUCUGUCCUGUAUCAUCAGCUCAGUGAAAUCCCAGCUGAUUUCUUUGUGGACAUAGUCUCCCAAGACAACUUUUUAACAAACACUUUGCAGGUGUUCUUCUCUUACACUUGUAGCCCAACUGUUGAUAGAAUUCUGAGGAAGAAAGCAGAAAAAUUUAAAGCUCAUCUAACAAAGAAAUUCAAGUGGGACUUUGAGAUGGAACCCGAGGACUGUGCCCCCGUCGUUGUAGAGCUACCAGAAGGAACAUUUGUGGACUGAACAUGAAUUCUCCUCUUUCUGUUUUUUUUUAAAAUGUUACUAUAAUUUCCCCAGUUAUACAUUCAGCUAUGGAACAUAUCAUAUUUUGCUUCUUCCUUUUGUACAAACAGAACAGUGAGAUCAAAUAAUGUAGCAAGCAUUUUUUUUCCUUGUAGAAAAAGUGGACAAGAAUGUACCUAGGCUGUCCUGCAAACUUAUUCUGACUUUGUUCCUGUGUCAUGGAUAUUGAACAAAAUUGGGCUUAUUUCACUGCAAACAUGCAUAACAUGUUUUGAACAAUACUGAACAAAGAAAUCUCAAACACGGCUGUUUGAAUUAAUCAAAAAUAAUUGUCUUCAUUAAUUUUAUUUUGUUGUGGAACUUUAGGAUGGCAAAUACACUGUAUUAGAAUUCUUCCCAUUCCAUCAGUUUUAUUUCAUCUAUUAGCUUUUCCUACCUUUUUAGAGCAAUAGAAAUGAAAAGGGAGCUAAUGUGAACUGAAAGAGAAAUUCUGUGUUUUAACUUUGAUGAUAUCCUGUCUAAGCUGUUACUAGAAAACUACAAUGAAUGUCUUCCCUCCUUUUCACUUAUGUCCUCUCAGGACAGGCUGCUUUCUGCUGUUACUUCACAGGAAUGAAAAUGUUAUAAAAUAGCCUGGAGCAAGCAUAGGGCCUGUUAUCUUGUCAUGUUUUCUCUGGGGUGUAGGAUACUGUUAAAUUUCUCAAACAUUCCCUACUAUGUGAAGAUUUAGCUUGCUCAUUUCUUUUUAGACCAUAAGAUUCCUUCAAGUGUUGGUAUGUGUAUGUAACAAAAUAACUUGCAUUACUGUUCAACACAAUAAAACUACCUGUGUUGGUUUUGCCUGUGAA